AUGGCCAAUGAGGAAGCCGGCCGUCAUCAUCUAGCGAGAGAGAGUAGAAGAAAGAAGAGGAAAUCGAUGGUAAUAAAAAUAAGAAGAAGAAGGGACAUGUGCAAAAGCCACAAACUAAUGCCGGAGAUUCCUUUUGAUCUCGUGAUAGAGAUUCUCACGAGACUUCCUGCUAAAUCCCUUAUGAGGUUCAAAUCCGUCUCAAAGGUCUGGUCAUCCUUGAUUCGUUCCCGAACUUUCACCAAUCGUUUGAUAAGGGUUUCAUCAUCCGCACCGCGUCUAUAUGUGACUUUGAGCUUCUUGGAAAAUAGCCACCGCAAAACUAAAUUACUAUCUUCGUCAUCUUCUCCUAGCUCUGACAUUACUACUACUAUGUCUUCCUUUGUAAUUGACCAAGAUUUGACCAUCCCAUCGAUGAAAGGCUACUACAUCUCUCACGUGUUUCGCGGCUUGAUGUGCUUUGUAAAAGAGCCAGGUGUGCAAAUAUACAACACCACCACUAGACAACUUGUUGUCUUACCCGACAUAGAAGAAUCCAACAUCUUAGUUGAAGACCACAUGAAUAAAAAGAUCAUGUAUUGUAUCGGACAUGAUCCCGUUCAUGAUCAAUAUAAAGUGGUUUGUAUAGUUGCAAGACCUGGUGAGGGGUAUGGAGAGCUCAGAACGUGGCUGACAGAGUAUUGGGUCUUCAUACUAGAAGGAAAUGAAUCAAGUCGAUGGAGAAAAAUUGCAUGCCCUUCUCCUCAUCUUCCUAUAACAGGAAUAUUAAAUACCAAUGAGUGUAUGCAUUACCUCGCUUGGAUACGGGUGCUUGAUCCUAUGCUUGUGAGUUUCGACUUUAGUUCUGAAGAAAUCAGUAUGCUUCAAGCACCUGAAGAUAUCUGUUGGCUUAAAUCUGAUCCGAUAAAAUACUAUGGAAGAGUAGCUCUUUUAGACCAUUUCGAUCUUGGAAGGGAAGGUACGAUGAACCUAUGGGUUAUGGAAGACGGAGAGAAGAAUAUGUGGUCGAAGAAGACUUUAGUGGUGCAUCCUUCUCAAAUGGAUAUAGUCAAGAGCAUUAGUUUGAGAGUCGAAGAUACAACUAGAAACAAUGAGGUUAUAUUGGUACCUCAAAAUAUAAACUAUACUCAAACCGGCAAGGUUAUCGUGGAACCUCAAGAUACAUCUCUUUUAUACUUUUUUCUCUAUGAUCUACAAAAGAAUCUGAUGAGAAAAGUUGAAAUCAAAGAAACACCAUAUCAAACUACUGUUUGGGAUGUUGUUGGAUUAGACAAUGUUGAGAACUUCAUGUAUCUGUAA